CGCCUAUCUUCUCUUUUUCCUGAAAAGUCGCCAGGGAGAAUCCAGGUCUGAAUCCCCGGCGCUGGAAGAGGGGGACACCGUGGAUCCACUCGACCCUCAGUGCCGUGCUCAACUUGCUAGGCGUUGUCCUCGGGACGCUCAAGAUUAGGCCCAUUCUUUGAAACCAGACUCUUCUCCUGUCCAUGGGUCUCCCGAAUCCUAGAGCCUCCCUCCAAGACCCUAGAAUCCCUCUAGAGCCUUUGAUUCUUGUAUGGCCUCCAAAGUGACAAAAGUUGUCCUAAGUGGUGGCCACAGUGAGAAGCAAGGCAGGAAGCCUGAAGUGGACUUCAUUGACCUGACAUUAUCCAAGACUCAACGAAAGACUCCAACAGUUAUUCACAAACAUUAUCAAAUUCAUCGAAUUCGCUAUUUUUAUAUGAGAAAAAUCAAAUUUACUCAACAGAAUUACCAUGACAGACUCUCCCAGAUUCUGACGGAUUUCCCCAAAUUGGAUGAUAUCCAUCCAUUUUACGCUGACUUGAUGAAUAUUCUCUAUGACAAGGAUCAUUACAAAUUGGCUCUAGGUCAAAUAAACAUUGCGAAAAAUUUGGUGGACAAUGUUGCUAAAGAUUAUGUGCGGCUAAUGAAAUACGGUGACUCGAUGUACCGCUGCAAGCAGCUGAAGCGCGCUGCCCUUGGACGCAUGUGUACUAUUAUCAAGAGGCAGAGGCAGAGUUUGGAGUAUUUGGAACAAGUUCGUCAACAUUUGUCCCGCUUGCCAACCAUUGAUCCAAAUACAAGGACUCUGCUUUUGUGUGGGUAUCCAAAUGUCGGGAAAUCCAGCUUCAUCAAUAAGGUGACAAGAGCAGAUGUGGACGUUCAGCCCUAUGCAUUUACCACCAAAUCUCUGUUUGUUGGGCACAUGGAUUAUAAGUAUCUGCGUUGGCAGGUUGUAGAUACCCCAGGGAUUUUGGAUCAUCCUUUGGAGGAUCGAAACACCAUUGAAAUGCAGGCUAUCACAGCCCUGGCCCACCUCCGAGCUGCAGUUCUGUAUGUGAUGGAUUUGUCUGAGCAGUGUGGACAUGGCUUGAAAGAACAAUUAGAACUCUUCCAGAAUAUCAGACCUCUGUUUAUCAACAAGCCUCUUAUUGUUGUAGCAAACAAAUGUGACGUGAAAAGAAUAGCUGAACUUUCUGAAGAAGAUCAGAAAAUAUUUAUAGACUUGCAGGCCGAAGGGUUCCCUGUCAUUGAGACCAGCACCCUGACUGAGGAAGGUGUCAUUCAAGUUAAAACAGAGGCUUGUGAUAGGCUUUUGGCUCAUCGAGUAGAAAUGAAAAUGAAAGGAAAUAAAGUGAAUGGAGUUCUGAACAGAUUGCAUUUAGCUAUGCCAAACAAGAGAGAUGAUAAGGAGAGACCCCCUUUCAUCCCGGAAGGAGUGGUGGCUCGAAGGAAAAGAAUGGAGAUUACAGAGUCCAAAAGGAAGAGGGAACGAGAUCUUGAGCUGGAAAUGGGAGAUGAUUAUAUUUUGGAUCUUCAGAAAAACUGGGACUUAAUGAAUUCAUCUGAGAAAUACGAUAAGAUACCAGAGAUUUGGGAAGGCCAUAACGUUGCUGAUUAUAUCGAUCCUGCUAUCCUGAAGAAAUUGGAAGAAUUAGAAAAAGAAGAACAGCUCAGAACAGCUGCUGGAGAGUAUGACAGUGACUCUGAAAGUGAAGAUGAAGAAAUGAUGGAAAUCCGACAGCUGGCAAAACAAAUUAGAGAAAAAAAGAAGUUGAAAAUUCUACAGUCCAAAGAAAAGAAUACACAGGGACCUCGGAUGCCCCGAACUGCUAAGAAGGUUAAACGGGAAGAUUUGGAGAAUGAGAUGCGUAGUCUUGGUGUUGACAUGGAUGAUAAAGACAAUGCCCACUAUGCCGUCCAGGCAAGACAAUCUCGGAGUGUCACUAGGAAAAGAAAACGAGAAGAAUCUGUUCCACCCUCUUCCAUAGCUCGGAGUCGGAGUUGCUCUCGAACUCCACGAGAUGUUUCUGGUCUUCGGGAUGUCAAGAUGGUGAAGAAAGCCAAGACUAUGAUGAAGAAAGCUCAGAAGAAGAUGAAUCGCUUGGGGAAGAAAGGGGAAGCUGAUAGACAUGUGUUUGAUAUGAAGCCCAAGCACUUACUCUCUGGGAAGAGGAAAGCUGGUAAAAAGGACAGGAGAUAGUGUCCUCUUCAGUUGGCAUAGUUUGACUAGACUCUUGCUGUUUUUGGCUGUGGAGUAGUAUGUUUUCUAAAAUUUGGAAAUCACCUCUGUUAAACAAAAGAAACAAUGAAAUGACAUUAAACUUCUUAUUGCUUUGCUGACAACUGGUGAACCAGGCGAGCAGCGUUGGUGUCACUGCACAGUUCAGAUGUUGAAGAACAGAGCAUUCUAUACUUGAUGAUAUGAAUGUUUCACAUCUGCAUAACUAAUUUUGCAGAAAAGAUUUAUUGAUGUAAGUAGGGUACUUUUGGUGUGGGGGGGGCUGCUUUGUAGUGGAACUUCGUUUUGUUACCCAACCUACUGAUUUUGGUUAAAAAAGCAUCUGCUGGGAGGUGUAGGCAGAAGGCUACCCUCAUUUUUGAGGGCCUGGGCACAAGCACAUUUAAAGUACUCUCUUAAAUUAUUUUUUAGACCUGUAGUACUUUGUCUCAUUGUAACUUCAACCAUUUUAUCCAAAAUAAACCUCCAGCAAAAACAUAUUUUUGCUUAUUUACAUUUUUUUAUUUAGUUUAAUUAACAAGUUGCUAUUGAUGGCAAAUGAAAAAAGAUAGGACUUUUUUUUUGUUUUGUUUUGUUCUUAAAGCAAGAAUACUUUUUUAAGAAAAAUAAAUGCCUAAGAUACAGGCUCACAUCCAAAAAUAAAUGGCUUUCAUGAACUAUUGCUGAAUUACAAGAAAGAAUGGAGUAAGCGUAAACAAAAGAUUGGUGUCCUGAAAGGCACAAGAAUAAUGCUGCGAGGACUCUCUGUGUAGCAGGAACUACACCCCUCUUCACAAAUUAGAAGAUAGUCUUCCAGCUGUCUGUGCCUCCUGUCAAAACGCAGUGAGGGGGUUAUACACGUACAAACACACUGUCAGAACAUUGUGCAGUCUGUUGAGACUUCAGUUUUUAAGAUUGGCUUUUUAAUGUUUUAGUUCUCUGAUGAGAUUUGAUGUCUUGAUUUAUUUUUUUAAUGUCUAGAUGAUUGCUAACUUAAAGUCUAUAGCCAAGGCUACGAAGAGAAACCAAACAAAACCAAACCAAACAAAAAACUCCUUAAAGUUUGUAAUCAUUGCUAUGGCUAAUAAUUUGAUUAAGUCAUAGAAUUGUAUAUUUUAACAUGGUAGACAUUCUAGACCAGGUGUUUGGUUUUUUUUUCCCCCUUAAAGGGUCUUGCUUUUAUUUUUUUAAGUUUCUGAGACAUUAGUGAGAAAGGGUAGAGAGACAGAAAAAAUUAAAGGGAUGAGAAAAACAAGACUCAGUUACAGUCUAGUUUGUAUUUUCUGUUGGCAAAAGUCAGGAAAAUUCAACACAAAUUAUGAAACCAAGAUUGUUGACAUACAUAAUACUAGUUUUUCUAAAGGCAUCUCAAAACAGUGCUGUUCAAAACAAAAGAAGUAAGCAUUUUUAGGGACAGAACGUGACAUUGAACUUAACAGUGUUAGCAAUCUACUCCCAUCACUGUUUGAAAUAGAAAGGACAGGCUGUGAAUGUUGGUUUGGUGGGUAGGCACUGAAAUAUCUUUCUGUUGACCAGGUCCUUUAGCAAUGCUGGUUACUGUCAGGGGGAUCUGGACUAUGUUGCAGGUUCAGCAGCAACUCCUUUAGAGAAACUCUAAAUAGUCUAAACAAGAAAAAUUUUAGAGGACUCAUUCUUAAUUUAAGCAUACUACAAAGUAAUAGUAAUGACAUUGUGAUACUGUCAAAAAGACAGCCUUACAGAUUGAUGGAACAAGGUAGACAACUCAGAAAUAAUUAUCCUAAACAAUGUACCAGAACUAAGAGUAGGGAAAGGACUGUUUCUCCGUCAGCCUCUUUGGGAAAUGUUAAUAUGUAUAGGCAAAAGUCAAACCCUGUCUUUUACCACAUUAGAAACAUACACCUAAAAAAAAAAAAAAAAAGAAACGUACACCUUUAAAAA